AAAAAAGAUAUUAAAAUUUAAAGAUAAUGGUUUUGACAUUUUCCUGUCAAAAGGCAUAUAUAGGAAUCAGAAAAACACGAUUUAGUAGACUACAACCAUCAAUGCUAAAGAAUGAUCACCAUGUAUGUACAAAUAGUCCUAGGAAUAUUGUGUUUAUUAGUUGUCUCAGCAGGUGCUAAUACGAAUGGGAGCAGGUCUGUAGAAGAUUGCAUUCUAUGGCUAACAGACGACACGUAUUCCGACUGUUAUCUAUGUUUGCCGUGUUCUGAUGGUUCAGGAAUCCAAGGUCACAUUUGCCGUUUAUCACUAUGUGAUGGAAAGAAUGAUUGCGACAAUGGUGAAGAUGAGGAAGAACCCAUAUGUCGGACGGAACCUUGUUCGAAGGACCAGUGGCGUUGUACAGAUGAUAAACAAUGUAUUUGCAAUGACGGACAGUGUGACGGAAAUGUAGAUUGUUUAGACGGAUCAGAUGAGGAUCCUGACACAUGUAUAGGAAAACCAUGUUCUAAAGAAGAGAUAAAAUGUGAUGAUAAAAUGCAGUGUUUCCAUGAGAUGAAUCGUUGUGAUGGUCAUCCUACAUGUAGUGAUAAGUCAGACGAGGCCAAUUGUACAGAAUUUCAGUGUUCUGCGUACAUGUGCACGGGUGUCAUUCGAUGA